CGUCAAUGUCAAAGUCAGCUGAAGAGUGAAGAAAACAAGAAAAGAAAACAUUCGGCUGCGAUAAAAUUGAAAGUUCUAAAUCUAAAAAUGUGUCAAUAAUACCAAGAAAUAAAAUGUAAAAAAUGAUGUAAAAUGUAAAGAAACAAUAACAUAUUAUAGUGAAUAACAAAAGUAAUGCUCGUAAAGUUUCGCACGAUUUUCAAUAACCUCAAAACACAUGUACGGUAAACACAGUCUGUUUAGAAAAGUAGUUAGAAUAAAUAGCAUACGCUGUUACACGAAAGAGAAUAAGAAGCUGUUGGAAUUUUUAGCCAACAUGCCGAAGCCCAACUCUAGUAGGAUAGCAGAGGCGCAACGCCAACGUCAACACAUUUCCAAAAAGUCUGAGAAAUAUGCUCCCAGCACUGUGUAUUUGCAAGUGUUGGGUUCUGGGGCAAGAGGUGCACCCAACGCUCUUUACCUAUUCACAGAUCAAAAGAGAUACCUGUUCAACUGUGGAGAAGGUACUCAGAGGCUGGCACAUGAACACAAAGUGAAAUUGUCCAGACUUGAUCACAUCUUCAUCACUAAUAAGACCUGGAGGAAUCUUGGUGGUCUACCAGGUCUCUCACUGACACUGCAAGAUGUUGGUGUACCGAAGAUUACACUGCAUGGACCAGAAGGUUUGGAUGAAUUAUACAAUGCAACCAGAAGGUUUGUUAUAAUGAAAGACAUGAAUGUUGUGAUGGCAAAGUGCAACAGUUCCAAGGAUUAUGAGGACAGUGUGAUGACUGUCAAAUAUGUCCUUAUUGGAGCUCAAGACAACAUCCUGUCGACUGAGCCCAAGCCAGCAAAGAAGCAAAAGCUUGAAGAGAAGACACCAGUAGAGUUUGAAGAGUUCAUACACGACGACACAGACUAUUACAAAAAAGAGACUGGGCGUGCACCAGAUCAUAGGAAUAACCAAGUAAAGCCGAAACCAAAACCUAAUAAUUGUGAUAAAGCUUACUUAAAGAAAAAGACAGAGAAGGUUCUGGAAGAACUUCAAAAACAGAACUGCUCAACUGUUGCUUACAUCUGCAUUUUGAAGAAGCGCUUAGGUACACUAGACCUGGAGAAAUGUGUGGAGUUUGGUGUGAAGCCAGGCCCUUUGUUGGGGCAGCUGAAAAGCGGCCAUGAUGUGCUGUUGCCAGAUGGAAAAAUUGUUCUAUCCAAAGAUGUGAAAACUCCAGAUGACCCUGGCCCUGUAUUUAUUGUGCUCGAAGUGCAAGACCUAACGAACUUCAACGAGGCGGAGUUCUCUGCGCAUUUCGACGACGGCAAGAACCCGCGCGAGAACAUCCCUACUGUCAUAGUGCACUACACACCGCCGCACAUUGUCAGCCAUCCGACCUAUCGCGCGUUCAUGGCCAAGUUCGGGCCGACGCCGCGGCACGUGGCGAUGAACAGCCAGAACUCGUGCCUGGGCUCGGAGGCGGUGCACCGCACGCAGCACCGGCUGCACCUGCUGCACGCGGACAUGUUCCCGCUGCUGCGCGACGCGAGCGUGCCCGCGCUGUGGACGCCGGGCGCGGCGCCACACGCCGACUCGCCCGAGCGGCUGAAGGCGUUGGAGGAGCUCAAGAAUAAGAUCGCGGUGGCACAGUUCCAGAAUCUCAUUAGGAUGGAGGGCGCGAGCGGCGGAGACGCGGCGCUGAGCGACGGGGACAAACUCGAGCUGGUGUCGGCGCGAACUCUCACUACCUUCCAUUUGCGACCGAAGAAGGAACUUGAUAGGUCGUCCGAGCCGAAGCUCCACAUACAAGACUACAUCCAAGAGACAAUGGGCGCGGAUGGGUUUGUAGCCAGCUUGGAGAAGUUCCGCAGCCUCGCGGACAGCGCGCGUUACGCUAAGAGCAACUCGGAGGAGUAUCCUCGGGUGGUGUUCCUGGGAACCGGGUCCUGCAUACCCAGCAAGACGAGGAACACUAGCGCCAUUGUGAUACAUGUCGAUGAGCACCGGUCCAUCCUGCUGGACUGUGGCGAGGGCACGUUCGGGCAGCUGGUACGCUUCUACGGCACCAAGCAAGUCAACCACUUCCUGAGGAAGCUGAAAGCUAUCUACAUAUCGCAUCUCCAUGCCGACCACCAUAUUGGUUUGAUCGGAGUACUGCAAGCUCGACGGCAGGCGUUUGAAGAGUUGGAGUCAAACAAGCCAAUGAAGCCUGUGUACCUGCUGGCUCCGGGGCAGAUAGUCACGUGGCUGUCCAUAUAUGACCACCAGUUUGAGCCCAUCCGAGACGACUUCACACUUAUACCUAAUCAGAGUUUGCUCGCGUCAAACUUCGACAACCCAAACCCGGAGCUGACGUCAGCAGUGCUGGCCAGCAUGGGCGUGCAAGACAUCAAGACGUGCCUCGUGUCACACUGCCCCAACGCCUUCGGGGUGGCGAUAGACGUGAACCAGUCCUACAAGGUCACGUACUCUGGUGACACCAUACCUUGCGACGAGCUUGUUAAGAUUGGUAAAGACUCAACGCUUCUAAUCCACGAAGCGACAAUGGAGGACGAGUUGUCCGACGAGGCGCGCAUCAAGAUGCACUCGACCACGUCGCAGGCCAUCGACGUGGGCAAGCGCAUGGGCGCGCAGUACACGGUGCUGACGCACUUCAGCCAGCGGUACGCGCGCCUGCCGCGCCUCAACGCGCACAUACUCAACGACAAUAGCGUCGGGAUCGCCUUUGACAACAUGCAGAUUACAACGAGCGACUUAGAACUCCUCCCUCACAUGUACGCACCGUUGCAGCUGAUGUUCGCGGAACAUUGCGUCGAAAUGGAACUAAAGGCGCAAAACAGGGCGCGUCAGAAGCAACGGACAGCUUCCCCAACCAUGCCCUCUUCCGGUAGCAUUCAGAACCAUACCACAGAUAAUAACAUGAACAUAGACAACACAGAUAACAUAACCACUGAUUUACAACACACCACAGAUAGUAAUUCAACUGUCACUGGAAAAAAUGAUGACGCAAUUUUUACAGAUGCAAAUGCAACAGAUUCAAAAGGAAAACAUAGACAAAAUAUAACAGAUAACUGUGUUAGAUAGUGACGUCACACUUGCGUAUUUAGUUUUGCCGUAAUGUUUUAAUGUAAUCGUUUAUCGAUUGUUCACAAAACUGUGUUAUAUUGCUUUUUAGUUUUCAGUUUAGUUUU